AUGCUGCUAGGUCCUGUCUUCCCAAACCUCUUGCCCUCAGACUGGAUGAUUGAUGCCAGAUCCUUUGCUCAUAGCUCGUUGUUCCCCAUUUGUCAGAACAGGCCAGCGGAGACCAACUCAGAGGUGGACAAAUCGGCAUCACCCUCAGUGGCUCAGCUAGCAGGGAAAUUCAAAGAGCAAGCAGCCAAUAUCACUGGAAAAGAGGUACCACCACAUAAGCCAACUCGGAGGAAACCACCAUGCUCCCUUCCAUUGUUUUCCCACAAAACUGAGACAAGUGACAAUGGUGAGCAAAAGCGGUCUCCAAAUGCUUGCCCCAUUCCCAAGGUCAAAGUGAAAAGCUCCCCCAUGAUUGAAAAGCUGCAGGCCAAUCUGGCUUUUGCUCCAGCUGCUCUGCUGCCGGGAGCAUCUCCCAAAAGCCCUGGUCUGAAAGCCCUGGUUUCUCCGUUCAGCACCCCUCCCUCAACGCCCAGCAGCCCAGGGACUCAGUCCCAGCCCACUGAAGCAAAUGAGACGCCGGUCAGCUUUGAUCAACCCCCAGAAGGCACUCAGCUGCAAUUCUAUAAUAAGGUGCGGACGCGAGGAUCGAUAAAGCGCAGGCCUCCCUCCAGGAAGUUCCGAAGAUCUCUGUCGGACUACGGAGAUGGGGAAGAUUUAGGGGUCAACAUCUCCUCUCCAGAAAAUGGUGCCAAGGAGGAUGGGGAUGAGGUGUUUGGGCCCAAGGGCAAGACAGAGGAGGCAGAAACAGGGAGCAAAGAGCAGAAGAAACAGACAGGGUCUGAUGAGAAGCCCCAAUCAAGGAGAGGAUCCAGUAGAUCAGAAGAUGAAGAAAAAGGGGGAAAACAGGCAGAGGAAAUGACUCCUUGCAAGAGUGAGGCAGGGGAUACAAAGGAGGAGGAGGAAGUGUGUUGUGGUGCUCCAGGGGAGGAGAAUGCUCCCCAGCCUCCCUCUGGAAACAAGGAGGAGAAGGUGUGCGAGGGCCCUCAGGGAGAAGAGCAGCAAGGCAGUGCCUGUGAACAGGAAAACGGGGACAAGGAGAAGGAAAAAGCUGAAGCUGAAGCAAAGGAGACCAGUGAGAGCACAGAUGCACAGACAAUGUCAGACACUGAAGAAACACCACUGGCAGCGGACGCAGUGGGCUUAGGGACUGCCAGUGAGCCUUCAACACCAGCCACGCCGGACCAGGGCACAGCAUAA